UGGUAUUAAAAAGUGUUGAAUUCGGUUUCCGUCAGACGUCACAACCCAGACUCCGUCGUGAAAAAAGUCUAAAUGGAAGUAGUAAGGAAAAUAACAGAGGGGUAUUUCCGUAAACUCGCGCGCCCCAGUGACAAACCUGGCAUCCGUAGCGUUUCGCAGUGUUCCUUUCGAACGCAUUCUUCUCUCCCCGCACGCACUAAAACAAAACAAAAGUUCUUCUUCUUCCUUAUUCUCAUUAUUCCCUGCGAUUAGAUCGUACAAUUUUUGGAACCCUAAUCUACCACAUUUCAUUUCACACCUUCAUCGGAACCUCACAAAACACACUAUUCAAAUCAGUUUUCUCCGUUAAAGUCGAUCAUCUAUCUCAUCAUCGAUGGCCUUGAUCGGUAACGAAAUUCCCCGUCAUUCCUCCGAUGACCUCCAAUCGAGUCGGCUUCCGGUCUCUUCUCCUUGGAACCAUGUAGUUCGCCGCGAAUCGGAGUUCGUUCCCGCCGUUUCUUCAUCGGAGGAACCUUUUCCGUCCGAAACACCGGCGGUUGAUGAUUCGAGCUUUGUUGUGGAGAGCUUUGAUAACGGUGGUGAGCACAAUGGCGGCACUGAUAAGAGACCUGCUUGGAGUAAGCCUUCCUCUAACGGCGCAGCUUCGGAGGUACGGCCGGUUAUGGAUGCACAGUCUUGGCCGGCGUUGUCUGAUUCCGCUAAAGUUUUUACGAAAUCGGAGUCAUCCAAGGGUUUGUUAGAUGGAUCUUCUGUUCCUCAAUCGCAGGGUAUGGAAAGCACGCCUUCUUCCUCUUCGCAAAUGCAGAGACAAGUUGAAGAUCAUGUAAAUUUAAAUAAUAUGGCACCAACUCGCCAGAAAUCAAUCAAGCACAACAGUUCAAAAGCCUCUUCUAACGGGGGCCACACACAACAGUCUGCUCCCCAAGUUGCUAUAGUUGCAACGGGAUCUCACAACUCUUUUCCCAAAGACCAUACACAGAGAAGUGGGUAUGUGUCCAAUGAUCAUCCACAGCAGCGUAAUACUUUUAGAAAUCGCAGUAGUGGUCCACAUCAGCGUGGAGAUGGUUCUCACCAUCAUAACCAUGGGAACAGGCGUGAUCAAGACUGGAAUAGUCGUCGAAAUUUCAAUGGUAGAGACAUGAAUGUGCCACCAAGAGUUUCUCCAAGAAUAAUAAGGCCAUCUCUGCCUCCUAAUUCUGGACAAUUUAUUCAUCCACAAUCAUUGCGGCCUUUUGGUGGCCACAUGGGAUUCCAUGAACUAGCACCUCCAGUGGUAUUUGUCGCAGCUCCACCUCCACCUCCACCCCUGGAUUCACUAAGAGGUGUUCCCUUUGUGCCUCCAAUGGCACAUCCCACUCUUUAUUAUGCAGGGCCAGACCCUCAGUUGCAUAGUAUGAUAGUUAGUCAGAUUGAGUACUAUUUUAGUAAUGAAAAUUUAGUCAGGGAUACAUUCUUGCGGCAGAAAAUGGAUGACCAGGGCUGGGUUCCGAUAAAGCUAAUUGCAGGCUUCAAAAAGGUCAUGCUUUUGACAGACAAUAUACAGCUUAUAAUGGAUGCAGUUCGAACUUCAUCUGUUGUUGAAGUGCAGGGAGACAAAAUAAGGAGGAAAAUUGAUUGGAAGAAAUGGAUCAUGCCUCCUCCUGUUCAGUUUCAUAAUGUUGAAACUCCAGGAGUGCUGACUCAUGACAUGCUCUCGGAAGAAGUGCAGAACAUUUCUCUGGAGACCACUAUCUAUGCUGGUGCCGGAGGACCAGAUAGCAAAAGUACUGGUCAAGUUGGUUUUCAUGGCUCUGAUGACUCUAUUUCAAUGAGAAAUUAAAGUUACAAAUGUGCUCAGGCACAUUGUUUUUUUUUUGGAGAGCCCUUUAAGUUAAGGACACAUGAAGCAGGUAUCUAAAAACUAUCUCACUUUUUUGCAUGUGGCACAAUGGGGAGUAGUUUCUCACGAGACAUAUUUAGGAUAACAUGAUUGAGGAAUGGGAAGAAAAUUUCUAUUACAAAACAGAAAACAGGACUAAAUGGCAAAGUUAAACCUCUCCCUCUAAAAAUGAACACAGACAUUUCCUUUUUAUUUCAAUUGCUGUGGACCUAGUGGCAAAACUGUUAUGAUUACUUAUUAUUAUGGGAUAUACAUAUAUGUAUGUUCUUAGCCUUAGAGGAUGCUUUUGCUUGCUUGAAUACUCUGCGGAAUUUUGGCUUUUUUUGUUUCCCGACUGUGCCUUAGCUGCUUUUUAAAAUUUGAGGUCAGCUUCAGCUUUCCACCAGUUUUAGGAGCUUUUUUAUUAAUUAAUGGCUGUUGUAUGAGGAAUGUAUCCGAUGAUAGCUUCCUGCUGCCUCGGAGGGAAGAGGAAGUAUGGCUUUCUGGUGGCUGAGCUUGUCCUAGGACCACUUUAAGAAUGCUUGCUUGAUGUCCCUUGCUAUAUACCGUCAUUGUCAUAUAUGGAAUGACAUUGAUACUUGUAGCAUUUUUCAGUUUUCAUGUUUGUUUUUACUCAAAUUCCAACACAUCAUAUUGACCAUGUGUGGUCGGUCACAGGUCAUUUAAAUUAAAAAUUUAAGACAAGUUGUACUGGUUACUACUGUGUGCACAGUGGAGACUACUUUUCUACUCGAAUCUGAAGAGGUUGCAUGGAACCUGAACUUAUAUUUCAA